AUGGCUCCCGGCCCCAGCAAGCGCGAGCAGGCGCGGAAUGAAAAGACCUUGACGGAGCUGAUCCGGACCGUUCCUGGCAAUGACCGAUGUGCCGAUUGCGAUGCCUUAACCCCAGGAUGGGCAAGCUGGAAUAUGGGCAUCUUCCUUUGCAUGCGUUGCGCCGCAUUGCACCGAAAGCUGGGCACACAUAUUUCCAAGAUCAAAUCUUUAAGCAUGGACACAUGGACAGCAGAGCAAGUUGAUAACAUGAAAUCGCACGGCAACAUCCUUAUGAACAAGAUGAACAACCCGCGGGGUAUCAAACCGCCAAUUCCCACCGAUAUUGACGAGGCUGAUGCAUGCAUGGAACGGUUUAUUCGGCAGAAAUAUCAACACCGCUCAUUGGAAAACGGGAAGCCAAAGCCCCCGAGUAGGGAGGAUUCGAGUUACUCCAACCCUAGGGCUAUGUCCCCCGUGGAAUCAAGGAAGAAUAACUACGACAUAUCCCCCGAGGGUUCUCCCCCGCCGCUUCCUCCAAAGUCUGGGAGGUUUUUCAAGUUUGGUCUACGUUCGUCGUCCUCUACAUCGAACCUCCGCCGAUUUGGUGGCAAGCCCAAGGUGUCCUCGCCAACCUCGGAUAAUGGAGCCUGGUCACCACCACCAUUGCAAUCCAGGAGGACGACCGGGCUUGGUGCGCCUGUCGCCGAUGUGACAACCGCAUCUUUCGAGGCCAAAAUGGCGGCAUUGCGGCAGAUGGGAUUCACCGAUGACCGACGAAACGAGAUGGUUCUCAAGGGACUCCACGAGGAUCUGGAUCGAGCAGUCGAAACACUGGUCAGGUUGGGUGAGGGGGGCAACCCCGCAUCAAGAUCCAGAACCCCGGCCGGGACAAGCACUGGUGCAUCUGCACGUAUAGUAAUCUCGAAGCCUGAGACGUCCAAAAACCCAUUCCCCGUCAAAACCGACAACACAUUUCCCGAGGUUUCCAACAACCCAUUUGACCGGGCAGUCUCAAAUCCCGUGACCCAGUCGCAAACACAGCAACCACAGACCGCUCCAUACAACCCAUUCGAUCAGCUAAACUCGAAGCCGGCACCUACACAACCUUUAGAAUCAUCUUUCCAGGGCCUUCAGGUUUCUCAGCCCCUGUUCCCCCACUCUACCGGUGGAUACCCGAACCAGACAAGUUCCAUGCAGCAAUCUGUAUAUCAACAGCCAUAUACGCCUCCGGCCACAUCGACAUUCUCGCAAUCUCCCUAUGUUACAUCGCCUCAGCCAAUGAACAACAGCUACAAUCCAUUCGACCAGCCACCGCCGCAGCCGCAGCCGCAGGGUGGCUUGGGCAGCCAAACAUAUCCCAACCCCAAUGCGCCGCAAACGAACCCUUUCUUCAACAAUGCGCCGCAAAAUCAACCCAUGCAGCCACAACAGCAGCAAAUGACGCCGCUCGCAACCCAAUCAGGGGGCUUUGAACCCCCUCGCCAUGCAAAUACCAUGCCAGUUAUGUCUUCCGCCUCGCCAUUUGGACUAAAUGCUCCUUUCCAAGGACAACAGCAACAGCAACAGCAACAGCAACAGCCAUCAAAUGGACUGGGAGCUUACAAUCCGUUCCAGCAAGGGUCGGCGCCUAACACAGCACAGAGCGCAGGCGGUUAUCCCAGCCAAGUCCAGACCCACCUGCAGCCCCAGCAGCCGCAGCAACUCAUGCCUCAACCCACUGGAAUGGACAAAAACAGCAUUCUUUCAUUGUAUAAUAUGGGUCCUGCGCAGUCUACUAUGACACCUAUCUCCGAGCAACCCCAGCAACCCCAGCAGCCCCAGCAGCCUCAGCAGUUCCAGGGUCAACCCCCCACCAUGAACCCCUACUCUCAACCAUCAAACCCAUACACCUCCAUUCCUCAGGCCCAGCAAGCCACAAACUUCCAGCAUCAGCCCCAGAGCCAACCCCAGAGCCAACCCCAACCCCAGCAAAACUUCCAGCCCCAGCAACCUACCGCCAACACCCAGCCCGCCACAUCCAACAACCCAUUCUUCAGCACCGCGCCCACGGGCAGCGGAUCCGGCCUUGCCGCACAAGCAGGCAUCAACCCAUACCAGCAGCAAUCCUCAGGGCUAGGAAUUGGCGGCAUGAACAGCCAGCCCGGGACCGGAACUGCCCCCGCCACUACUCCGGCCAUGGGAACGAACAACUCCCCAUUUUCGGGAAUGAGCAGUCCCCCCUUUGCAGGAGCGAACAGUUCUCCAUUUGCUGGAGGCCAGUCCCCCUUUUCAGGCCCGCCACCCACCACUAACUCGGCGUUCCCACGGACACACAUGAGCCAGCCGAGCGUUGAUGUCAGCGGCCUGCAGAAUGGUCGCCAUAGCCCUGAUGCCUUUGCUAGUUUGAGUGCUCGCUAUGGCUGA